CUGCUUGAGAGCGCGCUGUGUCUGUGUGUGUCCUACAAACACUGCGCCGGCGGCAACCUUCUAUCCUAAACUGCUCUUUUCUAUCUCCGUCUUCAUCACAACUCAGAAAGCCUGAGAAGCAGAAGUCGCCGUUUCACUGUUUUGUGUUUCUCUCAUCUACAGAGACGAGAAGAAGCUUCGAAGAAAAUAAAGACCAUUUCAUGACUUGGGUCUUCUUCCUUCCAUGGUUUUAUCGUCUUGGUUAUCAAAAAGAGUUCACCUUUUAAGCCGGGGAUUUCAUGUUGGUAAGCAGUUCUUUAGUCCAACUAGUGAAGAUAUCGUUUUUAAAGCAAUUUGUGUUAAUUUAAGACAGAGAAGAUGGAAGUUCAUGGAGCACUUGUCACCUAGUCUCUCCAAUGCUCUGGUGAGUCGUGUUCUUAGCGAGUUUCAGAGCUCGCCACAGUUAGCUUUGGAAUUUUACAAUUGGGUGGGAAGAGAGAAAAAGGGAUUUUCAUAUUCAUUGGCUUCUUCUUGUACUCUAAUUCAUGUGUUAGUUAAUUCGAGGAGAUUCAAUGAUGCAUUAUCACUAAUGGGGAAUUUAAUGUGCGUGAAUGGCAUAAAGCCAUCAGAACUCUUGGAAGGUUUGGUUGAUACUUGUGAUAAGUGUUAUUAUGAUACAGCGGUCUUUGAUGCAUUGGUUAGAGCUUGCACUCAAAUUGGGGCCACUGAGGGUGCUUAUGAGGUGAUCAGGAAGUUGAGAAUGGAGGGUUGUUGGGUAACAACUCAUGCUAUGAAUAAUUUUUUAAACCAUCUUUUGAAGGUAAAUGAGAUUGGUAGAUUUUGGAUGGUGUACAAGGAAAUGGUUUCUUAUGGGUAUGUUGAGAAUGUAUUUACUUUUAACUUGAUUAUAUAUGCUCUUUGUAAGCAGUUCAAAUUACUAGAGACACUAUCAGUGUUUUAUCGAAUGUUGAAGAGUGGUAUAUGGCCAAAUAUUGUUACUUUUAACAUGAUAAUUGAUGGAGCUUGCAGGAUGGGUGAUAUGGAGGUAGCCUUGAAGCUUCACAGGAAGAUGGGAGUUAUGUCAGCUGGGUCAGUUUCGCCUAAUUCUGUGACUUACAACUGUAUCAUAAAUGGGAUGUGCAAAAUUGGAAGAUUAGCAUUUGCAGAAGAAGUUCUUAAUAACAUGUUUAAGGCAGGUAUUGAGCCCAAUGUGAGGAGCUAUGCAACAUUGAUAAAUGGUCAUGCAAGAGGGAGUUGUUCUGAGGAGGCUCUAAGUUUGUGUGACAAAAUGGUGGAAGGGGGCUUGAUGCCUAAUGCUGUUGUUUACAAUUCCAUCCUCCACUGGCUUUACAGGGAAGGUGAUAUUCAGGGAGCUUCAUUGCUAUUGUCUGACAUGAUUGAUAAGCAUAUUUGUCCUGAUCCAUUCACGGUCUCUAUCAUACUAAAGGGCUUCUGCAGAAAUGGGUUUGUCAGUCAAGCAUUGCAGUUUCUUAACCAGGUUCUGGAUAAAAAUCUUAUCAGGGACACAUUUUCACACAAUAUUCUCAUUGAUUAUCUGUCUAAAAGAAAUGAUUUAGCAGGAGCCAGGCAACUUCUGGGAAGUAUGUUUGUCCACGGUUUGAUUCCUGAUGUGGUUACAUAUGGGACUUUAAUCAAUGCGUACUGCAAAGAAGGUAAAGUAGAAAACGCAGUUCAGGUUUAUGACAAGAUGUUAAAGGCAGACAAAGAACCCAACUUGGUAAUAUAUAACACUCUCCUUAAUGGAUUGUGCACGGAUGUAUCAAUGGAUGCAGUGAAACAUAUGAUGCACUCUUUGCAGAGCAUGGGCGUUUACGAUACUAUAACAUUUAAUACUCUAAUAAAUGCGUGUGGCACCAGUGGUAAGAUUGAUGAGGCGUUUGCUUUGUUUCUGCAAAUGAGCAAGGAGGCAAAUUUAGUGAACAGAGUAACCUACAACACAUUGAUAAACAUUCUCUGCAAGUCAGGGUGUAUGGAACAAGCAAAGGAACUUACGAAGAGGAUGGUUCAACAGGGCUUGAUUCCCGACUUUGUAACAUACACGACACUCAUCACCAGCUCCGCUAAACAUUGCAGUCCAAAGGAAGUGACUGAAUUGCACGACUACAUGGUGCUUAAAGGAGUGAUACCUGACAGACGCACAUACAAGGCCAUUGUUUCCCCUCUUCUUGGGGGAGAAAGUGAAGAGGCAACGGUUUAGCUAGCUAAUUAUUGUUGGAGUUGUGGUGUGAAAGCUGCACAAGAGGCAGCAAAUGAAAGAAAGCUGCACAAGUGGCAGCAAAUGAAAACAGAGCUGCACAAGGGGCAGCAAAUGAAGAAGGAAGGCUGCACCAAAGCACGGUAGCAGCAGAGUGCAGCAAGCUAUGCUGCAAAUUUUGAUGAAAUGAGGCUAAAAUGAAAGGCAAAUGGAAGGCUGCAAAGUAGCAACAAGAACAGCCACAUGGAGCCUCACAAAUGCAAGCAAGACUUUUCAUGUAGUCUUGCAUUAAAUGUUUGAUAGAUUUGCUUGUAUUAGAUAAAGAUUGGGUGAGAAA